AUGAGGAUCCCGCCGCCAGAAGUAAUACUCAGUUGGCCGCCACCGCGUUACGAUGACCCCGAAACCAGAGGCCCGGCCAACCAGAUCGUCUCCCUCAUCCUCCUGGCCAUCGCUACUGUUAUCAUCGCCAUCCGGACAUAUACGCGAAAAUGUAUCACGAACGGGUUCGGCUGGGACGACAUGCUCGUCAUCCUCGCCUACAUUCCCGCAGCAGCGUUCGUUGUCGUAGGGAUGAUAUCUAUGGAUCGAUAUGGCUGGGGACGACACGUAUGGGAUGUGCCCAUCGACAAAUUCACGGGGUCUUUGCAGAUGGGACUCGCUAGCCAGAUCCUCUUCGACUUGACUACAAGUUUUACGAAGCUGUCGAUGCUGGCAUUAGUGUACCGGAUCGCCCACGAAGCCUCUCGCAAGUUCAGUCUCCUGGUCAUCGGCCUAGGGGUGUUUAUCUCCAUCAACUGCGUUGUGUUUAUGAUGGUGGCCAUGUUGCAAUGCCGGCCUCUUUCUCAAUAUUGGACGCUCUCAGCUGAGCCUCAGAAUUGUAUUAACGAGGCAGCGCACCUCCUCGUUGCCAGUAUCAUCAAUACCGCGACCGACUUCGCCGUGGUCCUGUUACCACUGGCUCUAGUUCGUAUUGUCUAUAAGAACAAACUCUCUUCUAGGCAGAUGGUUAUUGUCAACCUGCUUUUCGGUGCCGGUUUCCUGGCGUGCUUCGCCGGCAUAGCUCGCACUUACUUUACGUGGAUCAUGACCACGGAACCGGAUGUUACCUGGAACGCCUGGAUGAACUGGCUCAUGUCAUCACUCGAGCUAUUCCUUGGGAUCAUCUGCACCAGCAUCCCGUCAACCAAGCCGUUCUUCAACCGAUACCUUCCCAGAUUGCUGGCCUCAAGGUCUCGCAAGUCACAACCUACCAGCGUACCAUUACCUACCGACAAAGCAACAAAGGGCUCCCAAGCGGGCAGCCAGUUAUCCUUCGACUCGGAUCUGGAGGACGCCAUACCCAUGGGUUCCCAAACAUCAACACCAACCACGACGGUCAAGCGCUUCAGCGAAGCGACAUUGAAUAAGCCAUUGCCGGCCGUCAAGAAGAAUUCCGUAUACACCAUCAAAAUUCAGCUGGAUGAAGCCAGCCUCAGUCCCGCGGACAGAAGAGACCGCGCGCUGAACCAAGUCACCCCAACGGCCCCGGCUCCAACAAUACACAACUUCAGCAGACCAAAAGUCCUUCACACGAGGAGUACGUCGGAGCCUCACAGCGUACACCGUUUGAGCACCGAGUAUGCUCACGACUCGGAUCGUCACAGCCAAAACCUGGAUGAUUCGGAUAGCAACUACCGGCAGAGCAUUGAUGACCUCGAGGCCGGCCGUUACAGCUCCUACGACCGCCAGAGCUUUGCGGCGUCUACGAGAAACCUUACCGGCGCCACGGCGAUGAAAGGCCACGCCAAAAACACGUCCGUCGGCACUUUUGGGGGCUGA